GAGAGAGAGAGAGAGAGAGAGAGAGAGAGAGAGAGAGUCAGAUACUCGAACCGGUCAUCUUUCACCCAAACUGCUUUGCAUCUCGUGACAAACCAGGCUUAAAACCCAGAGAUCGAGUGCAUUCGCGUGAUUAAUGGUGCUCUUGCGCACUGUUCGUAUCCUCCCACCGGCGUCGCGCACUGUUUACGCGCUGCCUUUCGUACUCGCGACUCUUCCAGCACAAGAGCAUCGGAAGCCUUUAUUCGCUUAAAGUGCCAGCUCGGGCUGUAGAAAUGCCUUUUCUGGAUGAAUGCUCUCUACCCAGAGACUGCCCUCAAACUUUGCCUGUGAUCAUCAUUGGUAACGGCCCAUCAGGUAUCUGUUUAUCAUAUCUACUGAGUGGCUACACCCCUUACCUAGAUCCAGCAGCUGAGCAUCCAAAUCCUAUUCUUUACCACAAACUACAGAAGGCUAAGCAUUUACCUAUUAUAGAGCAGGAUCUAGAAUACCUUUGUGAGGGUUUAGAGGGUCGUUCAGGCAACCCAGUGGCUCUACUCUUCGAUACACUACUUCACCCAAAUGCUGACUUGGGCUACGAGAUUCCUUCAGUACUGCAGUGGAAGCUGGAGAAGCAGCACCACAUCCCCCAUCUGGUACUAGGCAGGGGCGCACCAGGGGGAGCCUGGCAUGCAAUGGAAGGAUCUAUUCUCACCAUUAGUCUGGGCAUUUGGAUGGAGCUGCCAGGGGUGAACUACAGGGAUAUUAUCCCUGAAAAAAGGAGGAACGUGACCAAUGACCGGGCCACUCCAGACGAGCUCUCCUCCUACUAUAAAAAUUAUGUAAAGAUCAUGGGCCUCCAGAAGAACUUUGUAGACAACACUUAUGUCACCUCCAUUCAAAAACUCUACCGUCAUGAUCGAGACAUUAACCUCGGAAAAGAACAUGGGGUUGAAACUGACACCAAAAAUAGUCCGAAGAGCAGAAUAGAAAACCACUGCAGUCAGAACGGGACAGAAAGCAGCAACAGUGGGUUUUGUAAGGGUUUCCAAAACGGAACAGAGAAUGGAAGAGGUAAAAUAGAUGAGGAGGAGAAGAAGAAGAAAAGGGACAUGGAGGAAAUUGGAGACAACAGGAUUCCUCAGGAGUUUUCACAGGGACUAUGGGAGGUCAGAGGUUACCAGAAGCUGCAGGGUGACAACGAUAUUCCUUUCAGCCUGUUAGCUGAGAAUGUUGUCUUAGCAACUGGGGCGUCUGAUUUGCCGGCUCGGUUAGGUGUGGAAGGGGAAGAUUUUCCUUUCGUGUUCCACAGCGUGCGUGACCUUGGCAUAGCUGUCAACCACCAUGAGAAUUUGGGCCCCGCUUCUGACCCAGUACUGGUGGUAGGAGCAGGGCUUUCUGCAGCCGAUGCUGUGCUGUGUGCCUACAACAACAGCAUUCCAGUGCUGCAUGCGUUCCGUAAACAAACUGAUGAUCCCGGGCUAAUAUUUAAACAACUACCAAAAACGUUAUACCCUGAGUAUCACAGGGUCUAUCACAUGAUGUGUUCUCAGACCUACUUGACAUGUCCCCUUGCAAACCAUGGUGCGAACCCUGUAGUUCAUAACGCUUCCACACAAUUGUACCCAGACUACACCAGCUUCCCUGAGCACUGCGUGCAUUCUUUUCAGCCUGACAUGCACUGCAUAUUGAGGGGAAAGAAUGGUGUCCUGAGAGCCUUCAAAGUCUCAAUGGUGCUGGUUCUAAUCGGAACCCAUCCUAGUCUGUCAUUCUUAAAGGAUCAUGGACGAUACCUGGGGUUAGACCCCAGCAGGCCCAUCUCGUGCAAGCACAACCCAGUGGACAUAAACCCAUACACAUUUGAAUGCAGUGCUGAGCCAGGCCUUUUUGCCAUGGGUCCCCUUGUCGGGGACAAUUUUGUCCGUUUCCUGAAAGGAGGCGCUUUGGCCGUUGCAAGCUGCCUGCUCAAGAGACCGAAGCAGAUGAAGAUAAAAGGUAAACUGAUUGCUGAUGAGGGUGAUAGCAAAGGAGGAGGGGGGUUUGUAUGAAGUAUAUGGAAUAAUUUUGUAUAAAGCAGGUGGCAAAUUAUUUUUACAUUUUAAUGAGUGAGUACAUAUAUUUUUAACUAUACAGCUUUCUUAACAUUUUUAAAGUAAGAAACAUGCAUUUGACUGUAGGCUAUAGGAGAAUAUAUAUAUAUGUAGAUAAAUAAUAAAUACCCUGAAAGGGUAACACAGGUAUUUAUUAUCAUGUGUGUGAAAAAUGUGCCAAAUUUGAUCAUUUUUUAGCUCACUCAGGCAUAUGUUGCAGUUUGUCAUGAUGUCGCACAUACUGAUUUGUUUACUUGUUAGUAGACAAGCUUAGCUUUAAAGACACUCUUCGCAGAUAAACAUCCCAUUAAUGCAAUGAAACGCAAACGAUUUUUAGUUCAUGCACUUGUCGCUUGUACCUGCUUUAUCCUUGUUAGUGUUCCUGUGGUUUAAAAUACUCAUUUGUUUAUCUUUUGGGGAAAGAGAACUAAUUAAGUUCAUUCAGAAAUAUCACAAACAGGUACAUAUUAAAAAAAAAAAAGAAAAAGGUGAGGACGUUAUGGUCAGGAUUGUUCAAAUUUUCUAUGGGAGCAGGUGUCGGAAGUCAGAGCCGGUCUCCAAGUCGACACAUCGCAGGGUGAUCUCCACACUUAGACUUUUUGGUUACUAAAGAUUGUUUUAGUUAAACUUAACUGUUAACUCUAUAAUUA